AUGGCAAGUGGCCGUCAUCCUCACGUGCUUAACAAAUUUGCAAUUGUUUUGCUGAUCCAUUAUUUGUUGGCUGUUAUUGCAAGUGCUCGUGAUAUUGACACCAGUAAAUAUCACAGUUACAGUGAGUUGAUGGCCUUGUUUACGGAACUGAACCAGCAGUUCCCAACACUGACCAAGCUGCAUCAUGUGGGAAGAAGUGUGGACAAUCGAUCCUUGCUGGCGAUACAGAUUUCAGAUAAUGUGGACAAAGUUGAACCAGGGGAGCCGUUUUUUAAAUAUAUAGGGAAUAUGCAUGGUAAUGAGGCUGUUGGUCGAGAAAUAUUAAUUUAUCUUGCUCAGUAUUUGCUUUUUAAUUAUGACGAAGAUCCCAGUGUUAAAAAGGUUGUUGAUUCUACGAAUAUCUUCAUAAUGCCAUCAAUGAAUCCUGAUGGGUUCGAACGUGCAAAACUAGGAGAUUGUGUGGGAACAGAGGGCAGACCAAAUGCUAAUGGUGUAGAUUUAAACAGGAAUUUUCCAGAUCAGUUUGGGGGAAGUCAAGGUGAUAUUCAGCCAGAAACUGCAGCUAUUAUUGAGUGGAUUAAGGCUAAUCCAUUUGUGUUGUCGGCUAAUCUUCAUGGUGGUAGUGUUGUAGCUUCUUACCCCUUUGAUGACUCAGCAAGUCAUCAGAUGACUGGUAGAUACAGUCUGGCACCAGAUGAUGAUGUGUUUCGACUGCUUGCUCACACUUAUGCCAGCAAACACAAAACUAUGGCCAGUGGACAGAACUGUGGCGAACCUUUUCCAGAGGGGAUCACUAACGGAGGUCAUUGGUAUGAUGUACCCGGUGGAAUGGAGGAUUACAACUACUUACACAGCAACUGUCUGGAGAUCACGGUCGAGCUGUCUUGUUGCAAGUAUCCACCGGUGGAGCAACUUCCGCAGGAAUGGGAGAAUAACAGGGAGGCUCUGUUGACCUACAUUGACCUGGUUCACAUUGGUAUUAAAGGAUUUGUGAUUGAUUCACAAACUGGCCAGGGAAUUUCCUCAGCAGUCAUUUCUGUAGAUGGGAUCAACCAUAAUGUCACGUCUGCUGCUUUUGGAGACUACUUCCGCCUGCUGGUACCUGGUGUCUAUACAGUCCGAGCUGCCGCUGAUGGAUAUGACGGAGAUGUUGAAGAGGGCAUCACUGUACGUGGUGGACAUGGCUCCCAGGUCAACUUUACUCUCACUAAGAGAAGUGCUGGCUUGCGACAGUCAGAUAUGGAUAUGACAGCUGGCGAUGUAACCACACCUAGUUUUAUUACGGAUGGCAACGAGGCAGACUGGUCGGCUAAACAUGAUUUUGACAUCAAGGAAAACAUGCAAGGAGGCAAAUAUUUGACUGCUGAAAACAUCACCAGAGUCUUAGAUAAGCUGGCCAGGACCAACCCAAGCAUUGCACAAUUUGAGAUGUUGCCAAACACGUCGAUUCCAGUCUUACACUUGUCAAAGGAUCUAGAUGCUAAAAACAACCUAAACACUGUCCAUAAAGAUGACAGGCCCCAUGUGCUGUUGGUGGGAAAUUUGAACGGAGAUUCACCUGUUGGUCAAGAGAUGCUAGUACGACUGGCUCGUCAUUUGAUCACAGGAUAUAAUCAUGAAGAACCAGUUACAGCAGCAAUACUCAGCACGGUGCACGUACACAUACUACCCCAGUUUAACAUACACGGAGCUGCAGCUGCUGUUCCUGGCGAUUGUACGGGACUGAUGUAUGCAGGGUCAAAGUUCAACACGCUGGUCAGGCAUGAGGAUGUAACAGUUUCAGCCCUGAGUGAUUUAGUUAGCCAGCACAAGUUUGACCUCAUAGUUGACGUCGAAGGCGGAGGAAAGUUCAUUGUUAUUCCACGAAGCGUGUCCAUAAGCAGCCGAGCCAGUGAUGCGUCGGAGCUGACAGAUGACGAGGAUGUCUUGCAGGAUCUGUCGGCUUCCUUUGCCGCAGCAAUGAGUGACAUAUACAUGAAAGGUGCCUGUCCAGUUUCUCCUUUCUCCGGGGUGGUCCAUGGGGUCGAGCUGGGCAGUGAGGCCCUGGAAGUGACUGACCCCUGGUAUUACCAGUAUCACACUUUAAUGAUGAGUACAUUUAUUGCUUGCUGCAAGUUCCCUCCUCCCGCAGAGUUGCCUCACGUCUGGAUGUUGUCUCUGCAUUCCUUUCUCAAUAUAUUGACCAGGUCUCGUCAAGGCAUCCAGGGACAGGUGGAAAAUGAGACAGGGGGAAUCAUUGAGAGUUACACCUUGCAGGUGGACAAGAAACCUUUGCAGGAAAUGACAUCACCUUUCUUUGUGCUGGCUACACAUGGGAAACACACAGUUACCGUAGAAGCUGCAGGAUAUACAAGACUGACUUUAUCCAUUGAGGUGAAGGAGAACUCUGCUAGUGUCCAGGACUUUGUCCUCAAACAAGACCACAAGGUCCUGGAGUAUCACGAUUAUGACCAGAUGACCCGUCUGCUGAAGAAUGUUUCUCUCUUAUGUCCGAACAUUGUGAAGAUGACCAGCUUGGGUAAGACCGCACUGUCCUCAGAUAUUUGGAUGAUGCAUUUUGGGCGGAAUGAAACAAGGCAUGUGCCUCCCAGGAUCAUGUUUGUGGGCAAUGUCCUUGGAGAGGAGAUGACCUCACGGGAAAUUCUGCUGCAGCUGAUUGUGCACCUGUGUGAUGUUUACCAGCGCAGUAUCUACCCAAAAGAGGUCCUAGAGAAGAUGCAUAUCUACAUCAUUCCAGCAGUCAAUGUGGACGGAGCUAGACUUGCCAGGUUGGGUGUUUGUGAUGAAGGCAGCGGACAUAACAAUACUCGAAAUGUGGACUUGGAUACAAACUUUUAUGACACCGAAGGGUAUGAGAAAAUACAAGAACAGCUAGAGACUAAAGCUGUAAAGAAGGCACUUGAACUGUCCAGAUCUCCGAUUGUUGUUAAUGUCCGCAGUGGGAGUAAUACGGUUGCAUUCUUCGGAGCUGUUGACAAAGAUUUAGCAAACGCUUUUAUCAAUGGUCUUCCAGAGAAGCCCAGCAGUUUUGGGUGCCCUGGGCAGAAAU